GCCAAACUUCUUCCCGAGUCCUUUCAACACUUGCAUUGUUGCGACAACACCGCCGAGUACACAAUACCAUUCCCAAUUUUCCUCCUUCAACACAACUUGGAUUGCAGCACACGAAAAGAACACUGCAAUCAUGUCUCUCCCCUCUCGUGAAACAGAAAUGAGGGCCUCGGCUGACGCGGCCUCAAACUUCGCAGACGCCUACUACGAAGCCCUCAACCGCCGCAAACAAGGCGGCACCCUCGAAAAGUUCUACACAACCUGCUGCUCCAAAUACCCUUCCCCGCCCGACAUCUCCAUCAACGGCGCCGUCCUCCAGGGCGGUCCCGACGAGUACGUCGCCUUGCUGGACGCGCAGGGCGCUGACGUCCACCACGAGGUCGAGUCCCUCGACGCCCACGUUGUCAACAGCGAUUUUUCGCUAGGGUGCCCCGAGCACCUGCAGAAGGGCGACGAGAAAGGCGCAAAGUGCAGCAUCAUGGCGCAGGUCACCGGCAGGGUACACUACGGCAGAGGCCGGGAUGCUCCCGCAAAGACGUUCAACGAGGUGUUUGUGCUGGUGCCGAACUGGGAUACGUUUGGCAAGAAUCCGCCGAGGGGCGCGAGGCGGUGGUUGAUUAUGAGCCAGAACUUUCGCGCGCUGUGAAAUGGGGGGGAGCAUGGAAUGGGUCUUUUGGGAUUAUAAAAGCGAGAGCGACGAUGACGAGCGACACGACGUGUCCUAUACCACACACGACAGAGAAUGAAUUCGACAUGGGAC